GAAAGCGGGAGGGGGUGGGUUUGUGAGCACAACUCGGUGGUGGCGGGGGUAGCCUGUGAAGGUGUCAUGGCUGCUGUCGCUGAGCUUAGUCGCUCCAGCAGUGGUGACAGGAGUUUGGAACGGAGCUGCAGCCCUAAUCUCUCCCAAGAGGUGCUCUGCGAAAUCUUUCGCUCUCUGCAUAGCCUGGUGGGACAACUUAACCUCAGAGAUGAUGUGGUGAAAAUUACAAUCGAUUGGAACAAGCUCCAGAGCCUCUCGGCAUUCCAGCCCACUUUGCUCUUUAGUGCACUUGAACAACAUGUUUUAUAUUUACAGCCUUUUUUAGCAAAACUUCAGCCUCUGAUUAAAGAGGAGAAUACAACUGUUGUUGGAGGGACAGAAAAAACAGAAAUGGGGAAUAAGAAUGAAGUAAAUGCCAAAUUUCCCAUUAGUGACCUACAAGAGGAAGAAAAGCACAAAGAUUGUGAUUUAGGAGAUGUGAAAAAGACACAGAUCCAUGUUGAUCCAGAAGUAGUUCAAAUAAAGGCUGGAAAAGCAGAAAUUGACAGACGAAUAUCUGCAUUUAUUGAAAGAAAGCAAGCUGAAAUCAAUGAAAACAACGUGAGGGAAUUUUGCAAUGUUAUUGAUUGUAAUCAAGAAAACAGUUGUGCAAGAACUGAUGCCAUUUUUACUCCUUACCCGGGAUUUAAAAGUCAUGUAAAAGUUUCUAGAGUUGUGAAUACAUAUGGACCACAGACUAGACCUGAAGGAAUUCAAGGGUCAGGUCAUAAACCUAACAGCAUGCUCCGAGAUUGUGGUAAUCAGGCUGUAGAAGAACGACUACAAAAUAUUGAGGCUCACUUGCGAUUGCAGACGGGUGGUCCAGUGCCAAGAGACAUUUAUCAGAGAAUUAAAAAACUUGAGGAUAAAAUCCUUGAAUUGGAAGGCAUCUCUCCUGAAUAUUUUCAUUCUGUAAGCUUUUCCGGAAAAAGAAGAAAAGUACAACCACCUCAACAGAAUUAUUCACUGGCUGAACUUGAUGAAAAAAUUAGUGCCCUCAGACAAGCCCUGCUCAGAAAAUCAAGAGAAGCAGACUCCAUGGCUACCCACCACCUUCCAUGAAAAACUCCUCUCAUUCUUGUCAUUUUACUUUUUUUAUAUACAUGUAACUUACAGUGCAAUUAAUUAAGUGGAUAUGUGUUUAUCAAUUUAACUUUCCUUCUCUGAAAUCAAGGUUCUUUUCAUGAGAGUCUGGCCUGCAGCAGGUCAUCUGCAGAUAUUGCAGUGAAGUUUGAAAUGGUUAUAAGGUGUGGAAAAUAGCAUUGUCGGAACGUGUCCCCUUCUGUUCUAAAGGAGGUAUUUUGGAAACCGAAAAACUUAAUUUCAAAGCACAUCUUUUUGUGUGUGUGUACAUGCCACAGAAAGGACGAUUUAUUUUGAAUAGUGAUAUUUAAAAGGACUUUAUAUUUGUAACAUCAGUGUUAACCAGUUUUUUUGUUUAAAUCAGUACUUUGUACGUAAUAGGCAAGAAGAAUUUACCAACUGAAAUGAAUUUUAAAUGAAUGCAUACUUUUUUUCCCAAAUGCCAACUUUAAUGUAAAUAAACAGUAGACUCUACCUUUAUCCCCUUACUGUGUGACCUUUAGCAAAUUAAUCUCUCUUUGUAUCUUAAUUUCUUUAUCUGUAAAAUGGCAUUGAUAAUAAUAAAACCUACGGUUGUCAUGAAUAGGUGAGAUCAUGCAUAUACAGCUUUUGAAACUGGCCCAAGGGCAGUGCUCAGUAAAUGUUAGCUAUUAUUCCAGUAUAAAACCAAGUCUGUCUUUGAAAGUGUUUAGAUGUUACAAAUAGUCCCUCUCUCUUGACAGCCUCACUUUUUUACAGUGUCCCAGUUAUGUUAGGCAGCAUAUGUAUUUCUAUAGUUGCAAAUUAAUCAUUGAAAAGAUGCAGCUACAGUCAAGGAGCAGAUGUUUAGGUCAAGAAUUGUUUUGGUUGCAAGAAUCAAAUCUACCUAAAAUAGCUUGUAAAUAGGAAAUUGUUGAAUCAAAAAAUCUGGAAUUUAAUUAUAAGAAGUAUAGCUGGACAUUGUGGUACCUAGGAGGUCACCAACAGUUCAUCUCUCUCUGUCUCUAGCUGCCUCUGACUGUUUCUAUUUCUAGUUCUCUGUGCCCUACCUUCCUUCUUUUCUGCUCUCCCUCUUCCUCUCUUUCCCUCUGUCUCUCUUCUUCGUUCUUUUUCUCUUACCCCUAAUCAUCUCUGUGACUGCCUUAUUCUCUGUGAACUGAUUUCUCUGAAGGCCUGUUCAUUACUACUUGAUAGUAACUUCAUUACUCCAUACAGGGUGACAUGUUAGCCCUGUCUCCAUAGCCUUGGCAUUCAUGCCUUUGAGUUGACAUGGUGCAAACUCGAACCCAACUCUGCAGAACCUCACAACUCCUCUUAGAUCUCACUCAGUGUGAUCAGGGGUCUCUAUCAGUUGUGGCCAGGAUGAUUGGGGCAGGACCUCACAGAAAUAUACAGUAUGCACACAACCUUGCACAACCAUUUGUGGAAGCUUUGAGAAUGGGGGCACCAGG